AUGAAGUGUAUUAUCACGGCGGCCCUAUGCAUCCUAUUCCUAUAUUUGCUUAUAGGUUAUGUCAAUGCCAAAGAUGAUGAAACGACUAACCGCAAAAUGAGCAGUAACGCAAGGGACAUAUCUUCAGGGGAAGAAGAAGCAGCUCUAGAUGAAACAGUCGCACAGAUUGAUCGGGAAGAGACCAAAGAAGAAAAACCAUCAGAACCGUCAGAGGACGAAGCAGCGAUAGGCUCCAACGCGGAAUCCGAAGCGGAUAAGGACGAAACCGAACAUCAAGACACGAACGACAGGGACGACACGGACGAUGAACACGAUGACGAUGAUGAUGAUCAGGAGGAGGAAGAUAAAGCGCAAGAGGAACAAAAGAAGCCGAAAAAGCAGCCAAGGAAGAAAAAGACGCUCCCCCAAAUGGCACGCAAGCUCAUAAGGGGGGUUGUCAAGGUUGCCCUGAUAUAG